UGGGAACAUCGUGAGGCAUAUUUUCCAUAUUAUUAGGGAAGAGGAGCUUUCACUUUGUUUUUACCCACUCAAGGCAAGGAUAGAGAUAGUGAUGAGGGAGAUGAUAAACCAUUCCUGUGUCUGUCGUUACUUCUCAAAGGCUUCUGCGUUCCCCUUCAUUGGCUGAUCUUCUUGGGACCAAAAUCGCUGUGUUACCACUUACCAGCUUAAACGAAUCAUGAAAUUCAGGGGAAAGCUGACAAAAGUUGUCACAGAAGCAGUUAAUGACCUCAUUGAAGAUAUAAAAACUUGCCAUGAACAGAUUGCGGAUCUGAUGGUGGAGCUUAUGCAUCAAAAUGAGAUGGUACUAACCUUAAUUAGGUCAGUCGAUAACCGUGAAGAAGUUCCUAUGUGCUGCAAAGAAGAAACGACCAUUCCAGGUCUUUGUUGCUAUGGGUGCUCCAAAGUAUCUGGGUCAUGUUAUUGUAAAAGAGUUGGCUGCAAAAGGUAUACAAAUUACAAUGAUUACCGAUUCUUCAGUUUUUGCCAUGAUUUCACGAGUAAACAUGGUAAAUGUUCACUUUGCUUACUCUUUUUCUUUUAUGUGAAUUUUAUGAAUAAUGUACCCAUAUUUUUUUGAAACUUCGCAUACAGGUCAUAGUUGGGGUUCAUGCCGUCAUAGCCAAUGGCAGUAUCAUAGCUUCUGUUGGGACGAAUAUGGUUGUGUUGACCUUAAAAACUAUCAAGCCUAUGUGGCGCAUAGGCCGAGUAAUAUAUGAGCUAACUACAUUUGGUUGAAUG